GAAAAAAAAAAAGUUCCAGUUUGCAUUAAUCAGCGGGCAGAGGACUUGAGAGGGGGGCGGGAGAAAGGAGAAGUUAACGUGUUAAAAGGUAGCGCAGAAAAGUUAGCUCGGUCAACUUUAACUAGACGACGAACUAACAGCAGCUUUGUUUUUAUUUUUAUUUUUUUGGGGUGGGGGGGCUGUACCUCUCUCUCUGUGUGUGUGUGUGUGUGUGUGUGUGUGUGUGUGUUUACGCUGCCGCGCUGAGCUGCGUGUGAAUGAUGAGGCUAAGCGGCGUGCUCGUGUGCGUGCUCCUGCUUUGGGCUGAAGGGUGCUGGGGUGACACACCGGCCAACUGCACCUACGAGGACCUGCGGGGGACCUGGGUGUUCCAGCUGUCCAAAGGAGGACGAGACCACACCGUCAACUGCUCCGCGGAAGCCACAGGUGAGAGCACGUUCACCGUGUCCCUGGAGAAGCUUUCUGUAGCCAAAGAUGAGCUCGGGAACAGCGGCUUCUUCACCCUCGUCUACAACCAGGGCUUUGAAGUGGUCAUUAACGGGUACAAAUGGUUCGCCUUCUUCAAGUACACCGAGGACGGCCCUAAGGUGACCAGCCUCUGUGACCAGACCUUGCCCGGUUGGGUCCAUGAUGUUCUGGGACACAACUGGGCCUGUUUUGUGGGGAAGAAAGUGACAUCGGUGCCACCCAAAACCGAUUACAAACCCCUCUUCAGCAGCGGGCUCCUCCAGAAGCCGUACAAGAACAACAUGGACUUUCUUGAUGCCAUCAACUCUGUUCAGAAAUCCUGGAAGGCCGCGUCCUACCCGGAGCAUGAGAUGUACACUCUGAAGCAACUGCACCAUCGACAUGGGGGCCCCGCCUCCCGUGGCCCCUUGCGCGUUCGCACUACGCCUGCUCAAGCUGGCGAAGCCAAGAUGGCGGCGGGUCUGCCCGAGCGCUGGGAUUGGAGAGACGUUGGCGGAGUGAACUUCGUCAGCCCCGUGCGCAACCAAGCGUCGUGUGGAAGCUGCUACUCCUUUUCCACGAUGGGAAUGUUGGAAGCUCGGGUUCGAAUCCUCACCAACAACAGCGACGCUCCCGUCCUCAGCCCGCAACAAGUGGUCUCCUGCUCCCAGUACUCUCAAGGUUGCGAUGGUGGGUUCCCGUACCUGAUAGGGAAGUAUGUUCAGGACUUUGGCAUCGUGGAUGAGUCGUGCUACCCGUACACGGCGAAGGACUCUCCGUGCGGCGUUCCUCAAAACUGCCGCCGCAUCUACGCCGCAGACUACUACUACGUUGGUGGAUUCUAUGGCGGCUGCAGUGAGAUAGCCAUGAUGUUGGAGCUGGUCAAGAAUGGACCCGUUGGAGUGGCUUUCGAGGUCUACCCCGACUUCAUGCACUACAAGGAGGGCAUCUACCACCACACGGGCCUCAGAGACCCCUUCAAUCCCUUCGAGCUGACCAACCAUGCCGUGCUGCUGGUGGGCUACGGCCGCUGCCACAAGACCGGACAGAAGUACUGGAUAGUGAAGAACAGCUGGGGCACAGGCUGGGGCGAGGGCGGCUACUUCCGCAUCCGCAGGGGCAGCGACGAGUGCUCCAUCGAGAGCAUCGCGGUCGCCGCCAACCCGAUCCCCAAACUGUAGAGGCUGUACCCCCCCCCCCCCCCCUCCCCCCAGCAUGAGAGGACCGCCUUUCUCCAUCUCCUCAAUCACCGAUGAGCUGACUUUGAAUGAUUUUAAAUUUGAGCUGAAGCUGCCGAAUCAAGUUUUUGAAUCCAAGGGCAUCGGUGCAUAAUGCGCUGUGUCAUCACUUAAAGGGUAUCGAGGUGCUGCGCUGUGAUUCUCUGACUCAGGGAAGCAACAGGGAAGAGUUGUAUUAUAGUCUCUCCUUGCAAAUUGAAACCGUGGCUGCCAUGUUUUAUUUUUUUGGGGGAUCAGCUCCCUGCGGAGCAUUUUAAUGGGAAUUCUUACUAAAUCAAUAAAGGGACAUCACUAUUUGUAGUGCCUUUUUAAUUGUGAUUUGCACCGUUACAAACGCAUUUCCAAAUGACUUUUCUAUGUAUGUGAAAAAGCUGGAGUCCAAAUAAACGUUUCUCUGGUA